CGCGCGGUCCUCGCUGCGCGCCCGCUUCUCCUGGCCCGAACCCGGCCUCGCGCCUCUUUCCCCAGCUGAUCGCGGCCCACGUGACCGCCGCCAAACCCGAGGCGCCUCACUCACUUCAGUGCUCCUUCCCCGGAAGGGUCCCGCGGUAUCGCGCGCUCUUCAGCUCCGAAUUUAUUCACAAAUCGUGGCGCAUUAAGCACGGCGCAUUUCGUCGAUUCUCCGAAACGCCGGCGGGAAAAGUGAUUCCGGAAAUAAUGUCACUCUAGGUACGCGCGGACACGUACCGCUCGCGUUAUAAUCACGGUAAAUACCUCGUUUUGAGGAUUUGCGGUGUUCUGACGCAUUCGCUGCGGAAAUCAUUUCCGCGCACCGCGCGGCCAAUUUGAUUGGAAAAUAGAAAAUCGACGCGUGGCCACCACGAGCGUUGGAUGUGAAACUUUUAAGUCAAAGUGAAUUAUUAGACAUUAUCAAUUGUUCUUAAUAUUUGUUUCGCGAAAUGCUCUUGCGCGUUCGCUACUUAUUGUUUUGGGCAUGAAAACGAUAAUAAGCAGCGAUUUUAACGAUUUCAACUUCGCCAAGGCUUAAACAGCCAUUGACUGACUUGUGAAAAAACGUUUACGCACGAUAAUACUAAAAUACAAAAGUGAAUCUAAAUAAUAAUUCAUUAUUAAAAAAAGUCGAGAAAAUAAUUUUAUUUUCUGAAAUCGAUCCCUUUCAUAACGUGCAAACUUCCACCUACCACCGUCCCAUAUAAAGUGUCACAUACAAACUCAUCUCCACAGCAAAUUGCUAAGUAAACACCGAUCAUUUUUAAAACUCGCAUCGAUAUUUCUGGUAUUUGAGGUGGGAGAAGUAAAGUGCUGCGGUUUUGAAAAUACACGUGGAGGGGGUGAUUUUUUUAAAAUGCCCCUGGAAGAGGGACCAGACUAGACCCGAGGGUGUUAUCGGCGUGUUCCCUUCGGGGGAUGCAGUGCCUGGAGAUGAAGCUGGUCUCGCGUCUGCGAGGACUCUCCUCGACGAGCGUUCCCUCGGGAACGCCGCUGGCCAAUUCUUCACCUUCACCCACGUCCUCCUUCUCGUCGUCGCCGUCGUCCUCGUCGACGCCCUCACACUCAUUGGCAAAGGAGAAACAGCGACGAAGACGUGCUGACAGCGGGGGAGCCAGCCCCACCAGUGAUCGAGAAAGUGACGAGGAUGCUGCGCCGGUUCGACGCGUUGCCCGCGACCGGUCCAGAUCGGUCUGCGUGCCGGUCCUCACAUCUGCCCAGCUGAGGCAUCUUCAUCGGCGAGCUAGCCAUCAUGCGUCGUCGGCCACAGAUACGAUCUCCAGGAGAGGAGUUCUAUCGAGACGAUGCUACGGGAGUGUGGAGAUGCUGCCGCAAAUAGAACAGGACGGCUCGGAUGGAGGCCGGCGAUUUCGCGUGGAAAAUGGCGAUUCGCCGGGCGAAAAAGAGGAGAUGUUUGGCUCGCCCAGUACUCCGGUACUGGAGAAUCCUGAGUACCAGACAAGGUGGUACUUUAAGUAUUUCCUGGGACGACUUCACCAAAAUUACGUGGCCUCGGAUCAAGAAAAGAACCCCCUGUUCCUCUCGGUCGUCCUCAGCGAGGGUGGCGAUCAAUGCGUGCCACAUUACAGGGCUAUUCUGUGGAGGCGGACGGGCGCGCAAAAGAUAUCCCUGCCUUACUCGGCGAACAAGACGAUGACCGUCAAGCACAUUUUGAGCAACUACUUCGGCCUGGAGAAGCUCGACAAGGCUCCGCGAGAGUUGUUCUCCCCGGAACUGCAAAAGGACUUGCUCCUGCUGGAGGAACAGGAGGGCUCGGUCAACUUCAAGUUCGGAGUCAUCUUCGCGAAACCAGGGCAGACCACUGACGACGAGAUGCUUUCCAACGAGCAGGGCAGUUCGGGCUUCGAGAAGUUCCUAGACGUCCUAGGCGAGAGGAUUUGUCUGAAAGGCUGGGACAAAUACCGAGGAGGAUUGGACGUGAAGGGAGACAUGACGGGUAAGGAGAGUGUGUACACCGUUUAUGCCGGCCAUGAGGUGAUGUAUCACGUAAGCACCAUGUUGCCAUACUCGAGGGACAAUCCCCAGCAGCUGGAGCGGAAGCGACACAUUGGCAAUGACAUCGUCAACGUCAUCUACUCGGACGAUCCCAACUUCUUGACCACGUUUAAUCCUAACUGCAUAAGAAGCCAGUUUACGCACGUCUUCGCCGUGGUCAGUCCUGAACCUGGCGACGCAGGUUGGCGGAUUGCCAUCUACUGCGACGAAAGCGUGCCAUUGUUUGGUCCAAGUCUUCCAUGUCCACCUGUAUUCGGCGAUCCGUCCAACCUCCGGGAAUUCCUCUUGGUCAAAUUAAUCAACGGAGAAAAAGCCGCUUUCGACACGCCGACGUUCUCCAGGAAACGCGAGAGGACUUUGGACACCCUCCUGAAGGAUAUGUACCAGGAACAGAUGCCGGACAGCAAAGGCAAUAGCAUGCUCAAUCGCCGGGCCCUGUCGGACGUGGUGGAAACACCGGGUCGACGGCGAGAGGAGACCCGUGCCGUGGAGAUGGUGCGUGUCGGACAAGCCCUAAAACUGGAGGCCAUCGUCCGGGGGAUUGCUCCGACAUCCCUGGCCACUGUUGGUCCUUUGAAGCCGAGGCCAUGGGAGCCUCGUUGCGUCUAUCCGGACUUCCCGGGAGAAGUAAUUUGCGGCGAUGUCUGGGCGGACAGACGGCUCAUCCUGACCUCGGAAACCGGGACCUAUCUGCUGGAAGCUAUCGAUGGGCUCUCGCAUAGACUGCUCUUCGACAAGACCGUGCCCAUCAAGCAACUAGACGUGGUGGAACAACACGGGAUUUUGCUAUUUCGUGCCGGGGAGAAAGGAAAGGAGAGCAACAUCCAUGUCUUUAGGCUGAGCGAACUGGAAACCGAGGCGAUGAUGAACGCCACCUUGGACGAUUCUGAAGAUUUCGUUGAGGAACCCAAUGAACCUCGGAUCCGCAGCUCAUCGCCAAAAGUUCCCAUCGCCAGAAAUCGCAAUCACGCUAAGGAGAGGAAACUGGAUCGCUCUCGAGGGUGCCAUCUCUACGGCAUCACCAGACCGGACGCAUCGCACCUACGCAUGUGCAUCGCGGUUGGACGAAGAUUGACGGUGCUGCAAUGGAAACACAGUGCAGCAUGGACGACCUGGUGCUCGGCUGCAGAUACGGACACCGUUGAUGGAUUCCUGUUGGUCCGGGAAUUCAACGCCAGCGAGCCACCCUUGAUCGUAACGAUCGUCAGUGGUACAGAGCCAGGAACCGACUGGACCAUUUGCUGCGGUCUUCGACAUCAUUUUGAACUCAUCUGGCCAGAUGGAGCAUCUCGCUCCCUUCACGUAGAGGGGAACGUAAAGCCUCACGUGGUGGCGGCUUUGGAUCUGCACGAAGACGAGGAGCCUGAAUUGUUGCUAUGUUACAACAACACAUGCCACUUCCAGAAACUGACCGACGAGAGCAUGGCCUCGACGGAGUUCGACUUCCAUUGGAACUCGGUACCCACCGCAAUUGCCUGCCCGUUCCCGUACGUGAUCGCCUUCACCGCCGACACGAUGGAGAUCCGGUUGAUCAUCAACGGGAAUUUGGUGCACACAAUUGCGAUGCCUAACUUAAAUCUGAUCUCGUCGAAGCACGACAUAUUCUUCGCCACCACAUCCCCGGAGUUCCUGGGGUCCAGGUGCGACCGCAUCCGAGUGGACUCCAAAUCCGACAAAGAUGAGAAAAACGGGAGCCCGCCUCCCACUCAAGUCAAUUUCCCUUCUGGGCAAGGCGACGUCAAACCUAUGAGGAUCUAUCGGAUACCUCUGCAGACUCUGUCCAGGACCACUGUGACCACUUGUGGCCAGGGGCGCUGUCCAAGUCCUGGAGAACCCGAGGUAGUCUCGGCACCGCCAACAGCCGACUCGAAGAAGUUCCUGAGCGUCGAGAUGCCCAGAGUCUUGAGCAGGUCUUGCAGCAGCAGUCCGACCCCCAACGUGCCGCCUCCUUUGCCUGGCAGCGCGAAGUAGGCCGUCCCAGAUGUAAAAUCGUCUCCAUGACGGGCAACGGAACAGUUGUGACGAUACGAAGAGGGUUAAACGGUCUCUUCUCUUCUCCAUUCCGCGGUUAGACGCCCGCGAGAAGGUCCUCCUCUCGUAGAAGGGCUCAGGAUUCGGGGCAGAGGUCAUCUUGAAAUCCAAAGCCAGCCGCGUGAAUUCCCGCGAAUUCUUCUAUUUUCUUCUUUCGGACAAUUCGCGCGGAUCGGUAGGAACCAUCUAGAUGCUCUUCCACUGGGGUUGGCGAGUCCCACGAGGACGCUCCGCUGGGUCGUUGGAAAACGUCCCAUCUAAGUCCUGAAGAGCAAAGGUUUCCAUUGCGAGUCAUUGCUUUGCCGGAAAUUAUUCGUGGUAGGAUAACCAGAAAUAUUGGAUAUUACUUCGAUCGAAGUAAACGUUACCAGUGGAACGCUUUGCUACAGGCGUCGUCGCUGCCGUCUAUCUGUCCAGGACUCAUCUUCUUUUCGUUACUCCUUCAGUGUCCCGAGGCACAAAUGGUAGGUUGAAGGAAACCUGUUUUUCCCUAAAAAUUCACGUAUAGUUCGGAAACUGUUGUUGAAGUUCUAUCCAGGAUUAUAUCCCGGGGGGAUAUAAAUUCGAUUCGCCUCGAUUUAAGGCCGUGGUUAAAGAAAUAAAUAUCGAGUUCCUCGAA